GCUGCUUGCUGCCUCUCUCCUGUUCCACCGGCUUAAAUGGUGUUCAACUAAGCAUUAUUUGAGUAUUUACACAUUGCAUAACCCCUUAUAAAUUUUUAAACAAGCUCAUAUACUCUUUCAAGGCACGCUUAAUAAAAAGGAAGAUGGAAAAAGGUACUUUCUGAGCGAGCCUCAAUGAACGCUCCUACAUUUUAUCCCCCGUCAAAAUAUUUUCAUAAUAAACAAAAAAUAAUCCCAAUUGUGUUUACAUUGCAAAAUUCGCCUUCAUUUGCACAUGAACAAAGAUAUUAUUUUUCAUCUUUCGCCAACCACGUUUGUGCAUUUUGAUUACAAGUCGCUCUUGCGUUCAAUAUCUUCUGAAAAGAUAAACAGACCAUUUUUCACGCUUUCCUUAUUUCCAUGCUCUAAUUGUUUUGAGAUUGUACUUUUUUAUCCAAUGGGAUUACCAAAAACGUACCGAGCAAUAUGGCUGAUGUACAUCAAUAAAAAUUUUGCAUUCGAUUUCUCAUUUUGAGGAGAUAUUCUUCUGUUCAGCUUACCAGAACAGAGUGAACGAAAUCUAAAACAUACUGAGAGAGGCGAGGGAGCUCUAAAAGCUAAAAGCUACCGCAUCCAUCUUCCGCUCAAAAAUCUCAGAGAGGAAAAUAGAACUCGAUCUAUUUCUGUGUCAGCAGGGGAUAUUUAGUUUGAAACAUUUCCGCAUUUGCCUGUGAUUUGUUCAAAUCGUCUUAAUUUCGACUCAACGUGACCCAUCAAAAUGUUCUGCCAUCUUUUUUCCAAUAAGAGGAAAUGCGAACAGUCAAUGAAUUAAAUGGCCCGAAGCACAAAGUAUCGAUCCGGUCGAGUUUUAUAAAAUGCCAUUGUAUCACUUGAUGAGCUAAAGGCAUCAUCAGAUACUUCAUUCCUGAAUAAAACUAAGGAUCGUUUUAGUAAUCAUGCAAAAAAGACACUGUUGCUUACUUUUCAACGAGUAAUACAAACCUAGUUAUGAUGUCUCUUCACCGUUAUCUUCCAAGCUGUGUGCAGUCGGGCGGUCUGCAGACGCUCCGGGAUCUCGUGUGUUGUUCUUCGUCUCACCAGGUGUCCCAGAACAACAUGCUACUCCUAGGAGUGGUGCAGAUGGUCAUUGGGGUCCUCAUAGUCGGCAGCUCCUUCAGCGCCUUCUUCCUGUCCAACUUCCCAGCUGCCAUCCACAACACUAGUCCCUACUGGGCCGGACUCUCUGGACUUCUUUGUGGAGCUGUGGGUGUCAUUGCUUGGAAGCAUAACUCCAUGUUCACGACAACGUUCUAUGCCCUGUUGAGCAGCCUGUGUAUUGUGCUGAACCUUCUGGGUGCUGUACUAACUAGUAAGAUCUCCCAGAACCUGGUGCCUAUCCAAAAUUGUCCCUGUUUCUGCUGCACUUCACCCGACGGCUGCGGUGCUUACUUUCUGCCCAGUUCCAACGCCGCCGCCAUUCACGAAUCCCUAGAUGUGAACAAACUGCCCAACAAGACAUCGUCCUCCUCGUCUCUCAGCUCCUUCAGAUCCACCCACGACAACCAUCACUCGGCCUUUAAUCCCCAGCAGCAGCAGUUGCAGUAUGUGAAGCCCCUGCCUACUUGUGAGCAUGAGGCGGAGACCCUGCGAGCCUUGAUGAUUGUGUUGUGCAUAGAAAACUGUUUAGCUUGUGCGAUUGCAACUCUAUCGACUAUCAUAUCGCUGCUCCUCAUUGCUAAAAACAAGGUAAGAUUGUUUCCUGUUGCUUAA